GGAAAUACUACAUCGCCAAGGUCGCCGCUCUUACAGUUCCUCGGUGCGCAUUCUCCGCUUCUACCCUGCUUCCGCCCAUGGCCGCCUCGCCGUCGCCUUCGCGGUUUCGGCCCCUCCUCCCGCUUCUCGUCGUCGUCGGUGCUUGCUUCGCCGCCUCAGCAUCGGCGGCAGGGCAGCUGAGGGAGGUGGUUGGAAAAGGGACGGAUGGACUCUUCUUCGAGCCGUUCAACGUCAGCUACGACCAUCGCGCGGUGCGCGUCGGAGGGGAGCGGAGGAUGCUCGUCUCUGCGGGGGUCCACUACCCGCGUGCCACACCCGAGAUGUGGCCUAGUAUAAUUGCAAAGUGCAAGGAAGGUGGUGCAGAUGUAAUUGAGACGUAUAUCUUUUGGAAUGGGCAUGAACCGGCCAAAGGUCAGUAUUACUUUGAAGAAAGAUUUGACCUUGUGAGAUUUAUAAAGCUGGUUGCUGCUGAAGGUCUAUUUCUUUUCCUUCGUAUCGGCCCAUAUGCUUGUGCUGAAUGGAAUUUCGGUGGUUUCCCAGUUUGGUUACGUGAUAUCCCUGGCAUAGAAUUCCGUACUGACAAUGAGCCAUACAAGGCUGAAAUGCAGACUUUUGUGACAAAAAUUGUAGACAUGAUGAAAGACGAGAAGCUUUAUUCCUGGCAAGGUGGUCCCAUUAUAUUGCAGCAGAUCGAAAAUGAAUAUGGGAAUAUCCAAGGCAAGUAUGGUCAAGCAGGCAAGAGAUAUAUGCAAUGGGCAGCUCAGAUGGCACUUGGGCUUGAUACUGGCAUUCCUUGGGUGAUGUGCCGGCAGACUGAUGCCCCCGAACAAAUUCUCGAUACUUGCAAUGCAUUUUACUGCGAUGGGUUCAAGCCAAAUUCUUACAAUAAACCAACAAUAUGGACUGAGGAUUGGGAUGGAUGGUAUGCCGACUGGGGUGGACCAUUGCCUCAUAGGCCAGCCGAAGACAGUGCUUUUGCUGUUGCUCGUUUCUACCAACGCGGCGGAAGUUUACAAAACUAUUAUAUGUAUUUUGGUGGAACAAAUUUUGCCCGAACGGCUGGUGGUCCACUUCAGAUAACAAGUUAUGAUUAUGAUGCUCCAAUUAAUGAGUACGGCAUGUUAAGGCAGCCUAAGUGGGGGCAUCUGAAAGAUCUACACACAGCUAUCAAACUUUGUGAACCAGCUCUUAUUGCAGUGGAUGGCUCACCUCAAUAUGUAAAGUUAGGAUCAAUGCAAGAGGCACACAUAUAUUCCAGUGCAAAAGUUCAUACAAAUGGAAGCACGGCAGGAAAUGCCCAGAUAUGCUCCGCUUUUCUUGCCAAUAUUGAUGAGCAUAAAUAUGUGUCAGUAUGGAUUUUUGGCAAAUCUUAUAAUCUACCACCAUGGUCUGUGAGCAUCCUACCAGAUUGUGAGAACGUGGCUUUCAAUACUGCACGGGUUGGUGCACAGACUUCAGUUUUUACUUUCGAAUCUGGGUCCCCAAGUCAUUCGAGUAGACGUGAGCCUAGUGUUCUAUUACCUGGUGUUAGAGGGUCAUAUCUUUCGAGUACUUGGUGGACUUCUAAAGAGACCAUUGGUACAUGGGGUGAUGGGAGCUUUGCUACACAGGGAAUAUUAGAGCACCUAAAUGUAACAAAGGACAUAUCUGACUACUUGUGGUAUACUACCAGCGUAAACAUUUCUGAUGAGGAUGUUGCAUUUUGGAGUUCAAAAGGAGUUCUUCCUUCACUAAUAAUAGACCAAAUUCGUGAUGUAGCUCGGGUAUUUGUAAACGGAAAGCUUGCAGGUAGUCAAGUUGGUCACUGGGUGUCACUGAAGCAACCGAUUCAAUUCGUUCGAGGUCUUAAUGAGUUGACAUUGCUGUCGGAAAUAGUUGGCUUGCAGAAUUAUGGUGCUUUCUUGGAGAAGGAUGGAGCUGGAUUUAAAGGUCAAGUAAAACUCACUGGAUUGUCAAAUGGGGACACUGACCUGACUAAUUCGGCUUGGACUUACCAGGUGGGGCUGAAAGGUGAGUUUUCUAUGAUCUAUACUCCUGAGAAACAGGAAUGUGCUGAGUGGAGUGCCAUGCAGACAGACAAUAUACAGUCACCCUUUACAUGGUACAAGACUAUGGUUGAUGCCCCUGAAGGUACUGACCCUGUCGCCAUUGAUCUUGGGAGCAUGGGGAAGGGCCAGGCUUGGGUGAAUGGGCGUCUAAUUGGGCGCUACUGGUCACUAGUAGCACCAGAAUCUGGGUGUCCAUCUUCGUGCAACUACCCAGGAGCUUACAGUGAGACCAAGUGCCAAUCAAACUGUGGAAUGCCUACACAAAGCUGGUACCACAUUCCACGAGAGUGGCUGCAAGAGUCGAACAAUCUCUUGGUACUGUUUGAGGAAACGGGUGGUGACCCUUCAAAGAUAUCACUGGAGGUUCAUUACACAAAAACAAUCUGCUCAAGAAUAUCAGAAAAUUAUUAUCCUCCCCUUUCUGCUUGGUCGUGGCUUGACACUGGCCGUGUCUCAGUGGAUAGUGUAGCGCCAGAACUGCUCUUACGGUGUGAUGAUGGGUAUGAGAUCUCUCGCAUUACAUUUGCAAGUUAUGGAACUCCUUCGGGUGGUUGCCAGAACUUCUCCAAAGGAAAGUGCCAUGCUGCUAGUACUCUGGACUUCGUGACAGAGGCGUGCGUUGGCAAAAAUAAAUGUGCAAUCAGUGUUUCAAACGAUGUAUUUGGUGAUCCAUGCCGCGGAGUCCUCAAGGAUUUAGCAGUCGAGGCUGAGUGCUCAUUGUCAUCAGCCACCAAAGAACCCCGAGAUGAGAUGUGAUCGUGGAAUCAUCGUGAUGCCUGUGGUGGAAGGGAGCGGUUCGCUACAUCCUCAAGCCGCUGAGCUGUGCACGGUGUUUCUGUUGUUGUAUUGCUCAGUCCUGUACAUCCACGUGUAAACUGUACCUAAAGAUGAUCCUAAAAAAUAGAUGAAAUGAGAGGGCGCAAAAUGAAAUAAAAGGGAUCUCCUGUAAUACCCAGCUAUACGCGAGAUCCUCUUGGGCCCCGUUUGGAAGAAAGGAUGACAGGAAUUUCGCAGAAAAGGAAUUCCACAUGAAAUUUUCCUGUGA